GGUUGUACACUGGCCACCGAACCGACAUCAAUAUCUCUGUUUCGAGCCAUUAAAAAGGACCACCACUUUUUGGUUAAACGGAUCUUACGUCGCCGUCCAUCUCUAAUUGAAUAUCCUGGACCGAACGGUUAUUUGCCUUUAGCGAAUGCAAUUGCAUUUGGCGACAUGUGUGUUGUGGAUGCUUUACUUUCGGCCGGAGCUAGUGUCCAUGUCGGAAAUCCAAAUAAUAACCGGACCCCAUUACAUCAAGCAUUCUACUAUGGCCGUGUAGCGGUGGCUCGUAUGCUGUUAAACAAAAAAGCCGAUAUGGAAGCCAGAGAUAUGUACGGCUUAACUCCCUGCCAUUUGGCUGUCGAUGCAAAUCAAGGUGAGAUUUUAAAAUUUGCACUUGAAAACGGUGCCAAUGUGGAGUCCAAGGAUGCCUGCGGCUGGACACUGUUAAUGCGAGCUGUUGUUAUGGAUUCGGAUUUGACCAUUUUAAAGUUGAUCAUCCAAUUUGGUGCCGAUAUGGACAACCGUGAUAUGCGUAAUUUAACUUGCACAGAUUUAGCUCGUUUGUAUAAUAACAAACAAGCUGAGGAUUACUUUGUUAAGCUAUUGAAAUUGCGAGAACUGAAAUGUGCAAAAGUGCAAAAAGACGAGGAGACAAAUUUAGUGUAG